CGGAAGUGCCGCCAUUUUGGGGUGUUCUGCUCUGGCCGCAGCGGCAGCGGCGGCGGGACGCGGAGGCUCCCCCGGGACUCGGCCUCAGCGGCGAGGCGGCGGCGGCGGCUGCGGAGGCGCAGGCAGCAGCUGAGGCAGCGGCGGGCUCAGGUGCAGCCGCUGAGUGAAGACAUAGUCCAGAGAGGGAAGUGUAAAGCUACAGGGUGAACAUAACUUCUUUUUUUCAAAGUUUCCUGUGUUGUGAACUGAGCGUGGGUGAAAUUUCAAGAGUGAAAUCUUUGAGGAAGCUAAAGCUGUGUGUAUUUGUGGAUCAGACAAGUGCAGCAAGUUAAUAUCAUUGGCUACUGAAGGGGAAAGUGAGGUGAUGGCUGCGUUUAAGUUGGAUUUCCUUCCAGAAAUGAUGGUGGAUCAUUGCUCUUUGAAUUCCAGUCCCGUCUCAAAGAAAAUGAACGGCACCCUGGACCACCCAGACCAACCGGAUCUUGAUGCUAUCAAGAUGUUUGUGGGCCAGGUUCCAAGGACCUGGUCUGAGAAGGACUUGAGGGAACUCUUUGAACAGUAUGGUGCUGUCUAUGAAAUCAACGUCCUAAGGGAUAGGAGCCAAAACCCUCCUCAGAGCAAAGGGUGCUGUUUUGUUACAUUUUACACCCGUAAAGCUGCAUUAGAAGCGCAGAAUGCUCUUCACAACAUGAAGGUCCUCCCAGGGAUGCAUCAUCCUAUACAGAUGAAGCCUGCUGACAGCGAGAAGAACAAUGCAGUGGAAGACAGGAAGCUGUUUAUUGGUAUGAUUUCCAAGAAGUGCACUGAAAAUGACAUCCGAGUCAUGUUCUCUUCAUUUGGACAGAUUGAAGAGUGCCGGAUAUUGCGGGGACCUGAUGGCCUCAGCCGAGGUUGUGCGUUUGUGACUUUUACAACAAGAGCCAUGGCACAGACUGCUAUUAAGGCAAUGCACCAAGCACAGACCAUGGAGGGUUGUUCAUCCCCUAUGGUGGUAAAAUUUGCUGAUACACAGAAGGACAAAGAACAGAAGAGAAUGGCCCAGCAGCUCCAGCAGCAGAUGCAGCAAAUCAGCGCAGCAUCUGUGUGGGGAAACCUUGCUGGUCUAAAUACUCUUGGACCCCAGUAUUUAGCACUUUAUUUGCAGCUCCUUCAGCAGACUGCCUCCUCUGGGAACCUCAACACCUUGAGCAGCCUCCACCCAAUGGGAGGAUUAAAUGCAAUGCAGUUACAGAAUUUGGCUGCACUAGCUGCUGCAGCUAGUGCAGCUCAGAACACACCAAGUGGUACCAAUGCUCUCACUACAUCCAGCAGUCCCCUCAGCGUCCUCACCAGUUCAGCAGGGUCCUCACCUAGCUCCAGCAGCAGUAACUCUGUCAACCCCAUAGCCUCACUUGGAGCCCUGCAGACAUUAGCUGGAGCAACGGCUGGCCUCAACGUUGGCUCUUUGGCAGGAAUGGCUGCUUUAAAUGGUGGUCUGGGCAGUAGUGGCCUUUCCAACGGCACUGGGAGCACCAUGGAGGCCCUCACUCAGGCCUACUCGGGUAUCCAGCAGUAUGCUGCUGCGGCGCUGCCCACUCUGUACAACCAGAACCUGUUGACACAGCAGAGUAUUGGUGCUGCCGGAAGCCAGAAGGAAGGUCCAGAGGGAGCCAACCUGUUCAUCUACCAUCUGCCCCAGGAGUUUGGCGAUCAGGACCUGCUGCAGAUGUUUAUGCCCUUUGGGAAUGUCGUGUCUGCCAAGGUUUUUAUAGACAAACAGACAAACCUGAGCAAAUGUUUUGGUUUCGUAAGUUACGACAAUCCUGUUUCGGCUCAAGCUGCCAUCCAGUCCAUGAACGGCUUUCAGAUUGGCAUGAAGCGGCUCAAAGUGCAGCUCAAACGUUCGAAGAAUGACAGCAAGCCCUACUGAGCGUGCUCCCCUCUGAGACUGGAGUGAGAGGGUCUUCUGAUUCCUGCCGUUUGUUCAUCGUUGUGCCUAAAGCAUGUCGAUGUGGCGUCAAGUACAUCGUCCAAAUCCCUGUCUCUUCAGCUUCUCUGAUGCUUGAACUCUCACCUUUGACCUUGUGUUGAUCUUUGAUGCUGAUGUGUAUUUUUAUUAUGUUUGUUUGUUCUUUUUUCUUUCCUUUUUUUUUUUUUUUUUUUUUCCCUUUUGUGCUGCCAAAUUGGUUUUGCUAGAACGACUGCUGAAGGGGAAAUAUUUAAACUUGCAUUUGAAUAUAAAAAAAUCUAUUUUUCUAGAACUUCAUAAGAUAACCACUUGAUUUUGUGAUUCCAAUUCUUUGUAAUUGUCUUCAGAGCAGCCCUACUAGCACAUACCGUGUGGUGUUUGUAUCUCUGUGAACACACAGCCAGUCCGUUUCUAGGCUUUGUUUCUCUGUGUGCUUAGUUUUAAAGACAACUUUGAAGUAAACAAUGAAAUAAAAGAUGUCACUAAAA